AUGAAUGAGAUUCUUGUUCUUGCUCUUGUUUUGCUCCAGAUUUGUGCUCAGUUUGCAACUUCUGGUUCACCUGUUCACCGCCUUCCUGGUUUUGAAGGCCCUCUUCCUUUUCAUCUCGAAACUGGGUAUGUGGGAGUGGGAGACUCAGAAAAAGGAGGACAAGUGUUCUAUUAUUUCAUUGAGUCAGAGAACAAUCCACAGGAGGACCCUCUUAUGCUUUGGCUCACUGGUGGCCCUGGUUGCUCUUCAUUUUCAGGCCUCAUUUUUGAAAUAGGUCCGAUCGCAUUCAAAGUUGAGAAAUACAAUGGUACCCUCCCAAAAUUGGUUCGGAGGCCUCAAGCGUGGACAAAGGCAUGCAGCAUAAUUUUUGUAGAUUUGCCUAUUGGCAGUGGCUUCUCCUAUGCAAAUACCCCUUAUCUUCAACGAGGUGACUGGACUUUAGUUAACCAUGCCCAUCAAUUUAUUAGAAAGUGGCUCAUUGAUCAUCCCAGAUUUUUGUCACAUCAAGUUUAUAUUGGCGGUGACUCGUAUUCUGGCAUUCCCGUUCCUGCUAUGGUUCAAAAAAUUUCAAAUGGAAAUGAGAAGGGUAUCCAGCCAUGGAUAAAUCUCCAGGGAUAUGUGCUAGGAAAUCCCCUCACAACAAUGGAAGAAGAAAAUUAUUUGCCCUCAUUUGCUCAUGGAAUGGCGCUUAUUUCUGAUGAACUUUAUAUGUCGUUGAAGAAAAAUUGUAAAGGAAAUUAUAUAAAUAUAGAUCCAGAAAAUAAAUCAUGUCUGAGAGACUUCAACAUUUUACACGAGCUCAUUUCAGGACUUAGUGAAUAUGACACUUUAAAUCCCAAAUGUGAAAUGGCUUUGAAUACGCCUCAUGGAUUUUUCAGUAGAAGAUCUCUGAUCAACAAAUUUCGAACGACCCUAAUUAGUUCUCGCCUUGCAAGGCCACCUUUAAGUUGCCAAAGUUAUGUAUAUUUUCUCGGCUACGAUUGGAUUCAGGAUAACAAAGUUCAGGAGGCACUACAUAUUCGAAAGGGCAGCAAAAGGAAUUGGCAACGUUGUAAUCCCUUCGAUUAUAGUUACGACAUCACCAGUGCCUUUCCAUAUCAUGCAAAUCUAAGCCCAAAAGGCUUUAGAUCUUUGAUUUACAAUGGAGAUCAUGACCCAAUAGUUCCAUUUAUGUCGACUCAAGCAUGGAUCAGAGAUUUAAACUACUCCAUUGUUGAAGACUGGAGACCUUGGCUUGUUAAUGGCCAGGUUGCAGGAUAUACGAGAAGGUAUUCUAAUAAGAUGACAUUUGCCACUGUAAAGGGUGCUGGACAUAUAACUCCGGAGUACAAGCCUGAAGAAUCUUUUGCGAUGUUCAUUAGGUGGAUAUCUAAUACGCCUUUGUGG